ACGCGCGCGACCAUAUGUUGUUGAUAUGUGAGACGUUAGCUACAUCAUGGUGAAGUGAGGGUUUGCUCUGAUAGCUGGCAGCGAAAUGUGAGCCACACAGUUUUCCCUCAACAGACGAUAUUUGAGCUUAUAUGGUCCUUGACGCUAAGUGGUGAUAUUUAUUUGAGAGCGCGGAGGAGUGGAGGCUGGCAGUGGAUGUUGCUAGCUAACCUAACGUUAACUUGGUUCUAAGGUAGCUAACGUCAGCUGCGUGAGCUGUCUGCUUGGCAUAGCUAGCAAGUCGAUAAAAGGUGUUUAGCCAAAGUUUAGACUAUAGUAUUACAAAUGUCUUACUCCACUGAAAUGACCCUGUCACCAGAAUGGGACGACGACGAGCGGAUGAAUUUUAUGUUCUCCGACUUCAAGGAGAACAGAGACGUCAACACGACGGACUGGGACAGUAAGAUGGACUUCUGGACGGCUCUGGUCAUAAAGAGCUGCAGGGACCGCGGCACUGUUUGUGUUAGUCUGCAGGAGCUGAACAAGACCUUUAGGAGGAAAGAAAAAUCACCGCUGGGCUUGGCGACUGUCAUCCAGUCCAUGGCCAGAUGUGGGAAGAUCCAGAGGGAGUCCGAGUUUGCUGCCAAUGUGGACUGUGGCUGGCUGUCCUGGGGUGUCGGCCUGCUGCUGGUAAAGCCUCUGAAAUGGACUUUCUCCACUCUUCUGGGAAGCAGCGGGGUGCCUUUGGAGGAGUCCUUUGUUGUCAUUGAACUAGUAAAGGAGAAAGCAGCAGAAUUACUCAGGGUGUACCGGAGCAGUGAAUUUGCAAGCCGCUCCAUCCUGUCAUUUCAAGAGCUCUGUACUCUCUCCUCUGAUGUCUGUGCUGAUGAGAGCACCCUGUGCAUGGCUCUCCUGCAGCUGCAGAGGAACAAGCAAGUGACGGUUUCAUUGCACGAGGGCGAGAAGAUUGUAAAGUUUUGUCAGCCUGGGCAGGAUCGCGUUUCCCCAGUCAGUGAUGUGGAUAUAGGCAUCUACCAGCUGCAGCGCAGUGAGAAGCUGCUGGGAGAGCGAGUGGAGAAACUGGGCUUUGAGGCUGACAAGUAUUGGAUCAAUAGUCAGAAAGAUUGCAUUUUAAUGGCUCUUAAAGUCAGGCUUUCUUUCAGGUGCAAAGAGGAAGCAAGGGUGCUGCUCCGGGAAGGGAAGAAAUCACAGGCACUCAGGUGUUUAAGAGGCCGCAAAAAGGUAGAAAAGAGAGCCGACAACUUGUUCACCAAACUGGAGUCCAUCAGAGGAAUCCUGGAAAGAAUAGCCCAGUCACAGACUGAUAAGAUGGUUAUGCAAGCAUAUCAGGCUGGAGUGGCAGCCCUGAGACUCUCUCUUAAGGAUGUGACUGUGGAACGUGCUGAGAACCUUGUGGAUCAAAUCCAGGAGUUAUGUGACACUCAAGAUGAGGUGAACCAAACUAUAUCCAGUGGUGUGACCAGCGCAGAUGAAGACAUGGAUGAGUUGGAGAAAGAACUGAAAUCUUUGUUGGACGAGUCAAAGCCGGAUUCCAUCUCAGGUUUACCUGAAGUUCCAACAAAUGGUCUGCGACCUUCUGGGGAGCCGAGCCUGCUCACUUCUCUGCCUGCUGUACCUUCCACCAACUGGGAUAUUACCACUGAGCAGCUGGAGGAAGAAUUGAAUCAGUUAACCCUUACAGAUUCAGGCUUUCAGCAGAAGAAAAUGACAUCGCCAGUGAAGAGAUUAGAGCCUGCACAGUGAUGGCACAGGCAAAACAUGGCAAGUUUAAAGCUCUGCAACAUAUCAAACUGUAUCUCUUAAAAUUAUUCUGUUAGUUCAUAGAAGUUUAAAAAAAAAAGUACUAAAGAACUAAAUUAGCAAUUGCUAAAUCGUAAAACAAAACCCAAGGAACUUUCCUCCAUUUAAUGAAAAUAAAAAGGCCUUUACUGUGGAGGCAUGCCAAAAAGGAUUAAAAAAAAAAAUCCUUUUGUAAAUUAACAUGCUUUUCAACUUGAAAACUUUUAGAUCUGCUCUGCUCUGAAGAUCUCAAGUGAAAUGUGAACAUUUUAACAAAUGCUAAUAUCCUCUCUGGUAUGCCACCAUUAGGAAUGCUUUUAAUUUUGUGGUAUUUUUGACAAUAAGAAGAGAACUGUAUUUGUGGUUUAUCAUAAUGUGUUUAUUGAUGUUUGUAAAUGUCCUUCCUUGGCAGUCCUGUAAAUUGUAUUAAGUGGCCUUUUGAACUGUAAAUAUGAAACUUAAAGUAAAGAGAAUAUUAUGCCAAAUGAUUUAUUACAGCCAUGAGUAUAUUUAGUCUCAUUGCAACAUACCUGUGAGGACUGAAAAGCCUACCUUAAGUGAGUUUAGCCAAAUAUGUUUCUCAAAAUAAAAUUUAUUUUAAUCA